AUGAGGUCGCCUGCACUGGAGGCCCUGGACUUUGGCGGCGCACUGAUGUUCCUGCUCGCGCUGGGGGGCCUGCACCUGCUGAUGGGCAAGGUCCACUUUGGUGUGAUCCUGGGGUGGAGUGUGGCGCAGUCUGUGAUCGUGUACUUUGUGGCCAACCAGGUGGCCUCCAACGACGGCAGCUUGCCGGGCGGCCUGGACCUGUACAACUGCUGCUGCGUCACCGGCUAUGGCAUGGUGCCGCUCAUCCUUGUCAGCGCAGCACUGCUUCUGGUGCCGAGGGGCCCCGCCAGUGUGGCGCUGUCCGUGGCGGGCGCAGUGUGGAGUGCGGUCACCGCCUCAAAGGUUCUGGCGCGUAUCUCCCCGGGGUUGCAGGACUCUCGGUCCCUGAUGGUGUACCCCUGCCUCCUGAUGUACGGCUCCUUUGCACUGCUGGGGGUAUACUAG